AGCCCGGGGGGAGACACGGACGAGGCUGCCUUGGGACCCAGGACCCACGACCCCCUCGGGCCCGGCCGCCCGGUAAGAACUGAGGCCGUUACCCGCCCUGCUCCCAUCCCUUCACCGCGGCAUCCCGGGCUCCUCCCUAAGGUCACAUGCUGAAGGGGCCUUGCCAAGAGAUAACUCACCCCUGACGUCUCCACCACCUGAGGGUGAAGGACAGCCUCAGUUCAGAGGCCUUGACCCUGUCCAUGGAUAGAAGAUGCCCUCCAGGAUCCCCUGGCCACCAGUGCCCCUGCUGCUGUUCCUGCUGCUAGCCUUUGGACCCAGAGUGCAGGGCUGCCCUUCUGGUUGCCAGUGCAGCCAGCCACAGACAGUCUUCUGCACUGCCCGCCAAGGAACCACAGUGCCCCAAGAUGUGCCACUUGACACAGUGGGCCUGUAUGUCUUUGAGAAUGGCAUUACUACACUUGAUGCAGACAGCUUUGCCGGCCUGCCAAACCUCCAGCUCCUGGACCUGUCACAGAACCAGAUCACCAGCCUGCCUGGUGGGGUCUUCCAGCCACUUGCCAACCUCAGCAACCUGGAUCUAACUGCCAACAGGCUGCGCGAGAUCACCAAUGAGACCUUCCGAGGCCUGCGGCGCCUUGAGCGUCUCUACCUGGGCAAGAACUGUAUCCGCCACAUCCAGCCUGGUGCCUUUGAUGCACUUGACCGCCUCCUGGAGCUCAAAUUGCAAGACAAUGAACUGCAGCUGCUGCCCCCACUGCGCCUGCCCCGCCUGCUGCUGCUGGACCUUAGCCACAAUAGCCUCCUGGCCCUGGAGCCAGGUGUCCUGGAUACCCCCAAUGUGGAAGCACUGCGGCUAGCUGGCCUGGGGCUGCAGCAGCUAGAUGAGGAGCUCUUCAGUCACCUGCGCAACCUCCAUGAUCUGGAUGUGGCUGACAACCACCUGGAGCAGGUGCCUCCAGUGAUUCGAGGACUGAGGGGCCUGACGCGCCUGAGGCUGGCUGGCAACACCCACAUUGCCCAACUGCGGCCAGAGGACCUGGCUGGCCUGGCCGCCCUGCAGGAGCUGGACCUGAGCAACUUGAACCUGCAGGCCCUGCCAAGCGACCUCUCAGGUCUCUUUCCCCGCCUGCGGCUCCUGGCAGCUGCCCGCAAUCCCUUCAACUGCGUGUGUCCUUUGAGCUGGUUUGGCCCUUGGGUGCGUGAGAGCCAUGUCACACUGGCCAGCCCUGAGGAGACACGUUGCCACUUCCCGCCAAAGAAUGCUGGCCGGCUCCUCCUGGAGCUUGACUAUGCUGACUUUGGCUGCCCAGCCACCACCACCACGGCCACAGCACCCACCACAAGGCCUGCAGCACGGGAGCCCACCCUCUUGCCAUCUAGCUUGGCUCCCACAUGGCUAAGCCCCACAGAGCCAGUCACUGAGGCCCUGAGCCCACCAACCACUGCUCUGCCAACUGUGGGGCCUGCCCCCAAGCCCCAGGACUGCCCACCAUCCAUGUGCCUCAAUGGGGGCACCUGCCACCUGGGGGUGCAAUACCACCUGGAGUGCCUGUGCCCCAAAGGCUUCACGGGCCUAUACUGUGAGAGUCAGGUGGAGCCAGGGCUGUGGCCCAGCCCCACACCAGCCACCCCAAGGCCACCCCAGCCCCCACCCCUUGGCAUUGAGCCAGUGAGCCCCACCUCCUUGCGUGUGGGGUUACAGCGCUACCUGCAGGGUAGCACCGUGCAGCUCAGGAGCCUCCGCCUCACCUACCGGAACCUGUCAGGCCCUGACAAGCGGCUGGUGACACUGCGGCUGCCUGCCUCACUCUCUGAGUACACUGUCACCCAGCUGCGACCCAAUGCCACCUACUCCAUCUGUGUCAUGCCCCUGGGGCCUGGGCGAGUACCUGAGGGUGAGGAGGCCUGCGGGGAGGCACGCACCCCUCCAGCCAUCCGCUCCAACCACGCCCCAGUUACCCAGGCCCGUGAGGGUAACCUCCCGCUCCUCAUCGCACCUGCCCUGGCCGCUGUGCUCCUGGCUGCCCUGGCUGCUGCGGGUGCAGCCUACUGUGUCCGGCGAGGGCGGGCUGUGGCGGCAGCAGCUCAGGACAAAGGAAAGGUGGGGCCAGGAGCUGGGCCCCUGGAGUUGGAGGGGGUGAAGGCCCCUUUGGAGUCAGACCCAAAGGCACCUGAGGGCGGUGGGGAGGCCCUGCCCAGUGGGCCUGAGUGUGAGGUGCCGUUAAUGGGCUACCCAGGGCCCAGCCUCCAGGGGCCUAUGCACUCGAAGCCCUAUGUCUAAGCUAGGGAGACACAAGCAGCUGGGGGCCAGGCUCUCACCAGGGAGCUGGCCAGCGUCCUCCGGCUACCAUGACAAGAAGUUCUCAGUCCCUACAGAGGGACAAGUGCAGGGUGAGACUAAGUAAUGCAACUAGUCCCUGCAACUCUCUGGACCUCAGUCUCCUCAUCUGUGAGAUGCUGUGACCCAGGAAUGCCUGUGAGGAUGGUGUCUGCCCAUCUCUGCGCCAUGUGCCAUCCUGAGUGCAGGUGUGGAGGGCCCUGCCAUGUGCUGGUAACACAGGCCAGGGUCCUGCGGGGUUCCCCCAGCCCAAGGAGACUCUGGGGCCAGUGAAGGAAGACCCCAGAAAGAGAGCAGAGGGGGACGGGGUAUAGGACAGGGCCAUGUGUCUCAAGCCUCAGCCCCAGGAAGCGAAGGAACAGAAGAAACUGGAAAGGAAGAUGCUUUGCUUUGGUUGUUUUGUUUUUAAAAAAUAUAUUUAUAAGAGAUCCUUUCCCAUUUAUUUUGGGAAAGUAUUUUUCAAACUCAGAGAUAAGGACUUUGGUUUUUAUAAGACAAAUGAUGAUAUGAAGGCCUUUUGUAAGAAAAAUAAAAAAUGAAAUGAAA